AUAACCGACGAUUAUCCAAGUCAACGCCAAGUCAUCGGAGUAAACACAUACGACGGAGUCCCACUUAAUCCUAACCCUUCUCACUGCAAAAGCGAGAGAGACUGUCAGCCAUUUUUAAUUCAAACUUUCUCCACUAACCCAAAUUCCGAACUUCCUUCGUCUUUCUUAUACAAAUUUCAAUUUGUUGUCUUGGGAAAAGUAGAAAGACAGACCCUUUCCAGUUUUCAUCAUUUUUGUUGUUGCAAGACGCGUCCAACAGUAACUGGGUCUCAAAAUUUUCCCCAAAAUCGAAACUCCGUCUCUUCAAAAUCUCUCACGCGGUAUACAAUCAAAGUAGAUGAAGCAGCUGUGAUUCUAGAAAUAACAUUUGCCAUUGUGGAUCUUGAUCUUCCCAUUCGCUGUCUUUCAUGGCUAGACCUUCAUGGCUGGUAGACAGCAAUAGAAUUGCAACAAAAAUUAAGAGUGCAUCUGGAACAAACAAUCCUCGAAGCGUGGAAUGGAAAAGCAACCCAAGCAAAAGUUGUCCGAAUUGCCAACAUACAAUCGAUAACAGUGAUGUUGUUCAAGAGUGGCCAGGAUUACCUAGAGGUGUAAAAUUUGAUCCUUCCGACCAAGAAAUUAUAUGGCAUCUACUAGCCAAAGUCGGUAUUGGUGGUUCAAGGCCACAUCCCUUCAUUGAUGAGUUUAUACCAACUGUUUUUGAAGAUGACGGCAUAUGUUAUACCCAUCCUCAAAAGUUACCAGGUGUUAAACAAGAUGGCAGUGUAUCCCACUUCUUUCACAGAGCAAUCAAGGCAUACAAUACUGGGACUCGAAAGCGUAGGAAGAUAACUGAUGAUGAUUUUGGUGAUGUUCGCUGGCAUAAGACUGGAAGGACAAAACCAGUGGUCAUUGAUGGCGUUCAGAAAGGGUGCAAGAAGAUUAUGGUUCUAUACAUGAGCUUUGCCAAAGGGGGUAGAGCUGAGAAAACCAAUUGGGUUAUGCACCAAUAUCACUUAGGGACAGAGGAAGAUGAGAGAGAUGGUGAAUAUGUCAUUUCCAAAAUAUUUCAUCAGCAACAAAAUGUUAAGCAGGGUGAAAUCAUUGAACAGGAAGCUCCUGAAAUCAUUGAUACCAUAAAAGUCGAUCCCCAUACUCCAAAGUCUGCAACUCCUGAGCCUCCUCGUGUUGAAAUUAGAUGUGUGAAUAUUGAUCCGGAACAAGAUUCUGUAAUUACUUCCACUAGUGUCCUUGUUGAGGUUCCACCAGAAUUUGAGAAGUCAGAAAAUGAUAUGAUCAAGCCAGAUGGUUACUCCGAUGAAGUGAUUGACGACAAUGACAAUCACAUCGAAGAAGAACCAAAAUGGUGGGAAGGCGAAUCACAGAACAUAUUGGACUCCCAACAACUUGUGGAAGCAUUGUCUCUGUGUGAUGAUCUUCUUCAGAGCCAGUCUCCCCCUAGAGACGGCAAUUUUAACCACGGCGCAUCGGGUAGCAAGUCUUGCUUUUCUGAAUAUGCAAAACUAGGACCAGAGGAUCUAAAGAAGGAUCUAGAAGAGUGUCAAAAUCUCGUCCUUGAUCCCGCAAACAUUGAACUCGACACACCUCCAGAGUUCCGACUUAGUCAGCUUGACUUCGGUUCGCAAGAAAGCUUCUUGGCUUGGGGUGGCAAGACAGCAGAGUAAAUACUAUGGUGCCCUGCCUGCAAACUUUUUGUUUUUGUGCAGUAAGUCGCAUCUGUUUUGCGAAACUCUAAAGUGAUGAUUUGGAUCUUUAUUUUGUUGAUGACUAGCUUCAAGCAAUUACAAACCAAACUUCCUUCCCCUGUAAACUUGUGUUAUUAAAUUUCAAAGACUUUUAUUAAACGCUUGUAAAAAAAGAGAGUAAGUAAGUAUGUUAUGAGACAUUGAAAGGAACAAGACAUAAGUAAAGAAAAGGGAAGUCAUUUUCAAAGCCAA